AUGCUAGUUCUCGAGAGAGUCAAAGACCUACGCGUUUUGCGCUACGUGCUCAGCCACAACCAUUCCGCAUGGGGCGGCCAGCUGGACGUGGAGGAGUACAUUGAGCGGGAGCGGCUGAAUUACACCCACCGGUUCUGCGAUCUCUGGCGAUCCGAGCCCGUGGUCAAUGGGACGUACUAUUGGGUAUUCAGAGAUACCGCGCUGCCGAGCGAGAAUUUCGAGGAUAUCGUGUGUGCUUGCGAGUUUGUGGUGCGCGACUCGUACUAUUUCGACAAAUCGCUCCACCGGUGCAAAUGUGCGGCCAUUGGGUCCGUCUACACUCUAGAACAGCACAGAAAAAAGGGGUAUGCUACGGAAAUGAUGGAGCAGCUGGUGGAAAAAAUGAAAGAGCUGUUUCGUGGGGAGUACGAUUUCUCGUUUUUGUACAGCGAGGUGGGCGAGUACUACUCGCGGUUUGGGUUCCGGAGCCACCACGUUCCGGUGGCUUUGCUGGAGACGGGCAAAAAAACGAAGAUUGAAUACUCGUACGUGACGGAAGAGAACCUGCCGAAAUUCAUCGACCAGUACGACGCGAAAGUUCGCCAAAUGGCGCAGGCGACGCCUACGUCGGUGGCUGUGAAGCCGUCGGUGCAGAACAUCGAAUGGUUUCAGAACAGAUCGAUCCAUCUGGCAAAGCUCCAGAAAAGAGAGUUUGACGGCAAUAGAUUUGGCAUACAUAUCGGGAGCGCUUUUGCACUGUGGUAUUACGAGUUCGGCGAUGAUCAGGUGACUCUGAUCAUGCUCGACGCAGAGACGCCGGACCAGACACGCAAGUUGCUCGAGUGCUGCAUGGCGGAAUGCUGUGCAGUGAAAAAAAUCAAGAUAUGGCACGACGAGUUGGUGUAUCAUGCGGGAGAAAAAGAUGAGGCAGCCUUGGGGCUGGUGACGGAGUUGGGAGGAAGCGUCGGACACACAAACGAGUCGCUCUCUGCGCUGAGCAUGCUGCAUUCCUCCAGCCAGCCAGCGUGGGUUGCGAAUGGAAAGUGGGCUUGGUAUUAG